CUCUGACCGCCUCCUUCCUGUGGUUUCUCCUCCUCUUUCCUCGCUGCUCCUCCGUCACGUCUCUCCUCCGCCGGGAAGUGGAGCGGCGUCCGCGGGAGAAGCGUCUCCAGCUCGUGAGGGUGAAGUCUUCGGCGGGAACAGCCGCGCGCGCGCCGGGGACAGCUGACCUGAAGCGGAAGGGUCACCCUCCAGUUCGACCUCCGCUGGAUCCGGGAUUUAACGAGCCUUUCGGGUCAUCAGACACCUGACAGGUGCUCGCACCCGCGGGAGCGCGCGCGCCACCGAAACUCAGCGCUUUGCUGCAGCGACGCUCAGGUGAAACACCUGAGGAAUCCGCCUCCACCUGCGGCACGUGAGGCGACGGAGGUCCCGCAGGAUUCGGGUCAGAGGUUCGGUUCUGCACCAGGUGUGGUGCCAAGCUCUGUGCGGCGUCUGUGUCCUCCGGCCUGCGAUGGCAUAACACCCCCACCCCCAGAGCUCCGCCCCCUAACCUUCCCUCGACAGGAACGCGAGGUUUGAAGCUCCUCCCAUUUCCUCAGAGCUCGCCGUCUUCUCGCCCUCAUGGAUAACCCCGACAGCCGCUUCAAGCCCCCCCUCGAGGACCCCCAGUCUCUGGGUCUGGCCGAGACCAUCAACUUUGAAGAUUCUCACUAUGUGAUGCUGAAACAAGACCUGGAGUCCGACGCCCAGAACCUGGAGUCCGAGUCCUGGAGCCUGACGGCGGACCAGAACCUCCUGAAGAGUCUGAGCAAAGACGCCGUGAAGAGACAGGACGUCAUCUAUGAGUUGAUCUACACGGAGUUGAACCUGGUCCGCACGCUGAAAAUCCUCUUCCACGUCUACAUGUUCGAGCUGAAGCGGACUCUGCAGAUGGAUGAGUUGAAGCUGGAGCGCCUCUUCCCCACCGUGCAGCAUCUGCUCAGCCUCCACCAGCACUUCCUGGCGGCGCUGAAGGAGCUCCAGAGCCGCAGCCUGCAGGAGGGCCUGCCGCUGUACAGCGCCGCGCAGCUGGGGAGCGUCCUCAUCUCCCAGUUUUCAGGUCUGAUGGGGACUCAGCUGAUCCAGAGCUACAGUCUGUUCUGCAGCCUUCAGCCUGAAGCUCUCAGCUUCUACAAGGAGCAGAUGCAGGUCAACAGGAAGCUGCAGAUCCUCGUCAAAAGGAUCGACCAGAUGCCCCUGGUGCAGCGGCUGGGCAUCCCCGAUCGUUUUCUGCUGGUGGCCCAGCGCAUCACCAAGUACCCCGUCCUGGUGGAACGGAUCCUCCAGAACACCGAAGUGAAGACAGAGGAGCACAGGAGUCUGGAGAAAGCUCUGGCUCUGAUCAGAGACGCCAUCGCCCAGGUAGACAUGAACGUCUGCGACUACAAGAAGGUGGUUCGUCUGCGGGAGAUCGGCCACCGUCUGGAGGGCCGCCCUCUGAGCCGGCCCAAAGAGCCCUGUGUGUUCCGCAGGGAGGAGCUGAUCCAGGGCGGCUGCUCGCUGCUGCACGAGGGCACGGUCACCUGGAGGACGUCCGGGAAACAGAAAGAAGUCCUGGCCGUGCUGCUGUCGGACAUGCUGCUCCUCCUCCAGGAGAAGGAGCAGAAGCUGGUGUUCGCCUCCAUGGAGAACCGAGUGCAGGUGAUUCCUCUGCAGAGGCUGAUCGUCAGGGAGGUGGCCAUGGAGGAGAAGGCCAUGUACCUGAUCUACAUGAGCACCGGCGCCCUGCCGGAGAUGUACGAGCUCCACUGCAGCUCCAAAGACGACUGCCUGCAGUGGAUGGCGGUCAUCCGACGCGCUGUGGACAGUCAGGAGGAGGAGGAGCACUACAAGGAGCAGGUCAGGAGGCUGCAGCAGUUUCAAGAUUUCCUUCAGAGCAUGGACGACCAGAUCCAGGAAUGUCUGAGCAGGAAGCUGAAGGCCUCUGCUGGGCUCUACGAGAACCUGACGGGCCAGAAACCCCCCCACACGUCCCUGCUUCUGCACGGCGACUCCAGGGAGACCCUGCAGGGGGCGGGGCUUCUUCACGGCGCCAUUGAUGAAGUGGAGAACCUGCAGAACCUGCUCCUCAUGCAGCUGACGGACCCGACCGUCCCUGCAGGGGCGGGGCUUCCGCGGAGCUCCAAGCCGCUGCUGGGUGAAGACACCAUGGAUCAGGCGGAGCCUCUUGAGGACCGCCCCCUGAACCCGGAGGAGGAGCCGCCCCCUGCAGACGGACCUGAAGUUCUGGAGAAUUCUGUAGCAUCUGCAGCUCUGGAUCCGUUUGUGAAACCUCACGACCAGACGGAGGUGGACGCUCCUCCACAGCGACAAAGCAGCUUCAACUCCAUCUUUACCUCCGGGACAGCAGUGAGCGACAGCGUGAUGAAGCUGGUGAAGAUGCUCUACAGCCUGAAGGCGGUCGUCGCCCAGCAGGACAGCAGGAUCGAGCUGCAUCAGGCCGUCCAGCUGAAGCAUCCCCGUCACCAUGGCAACCUGCUCCUGGAGCAGGAGCGGCAGAGGAACGCCGAGAAGCAGAAGGAGGAACUGGCCCAGCUGCACAAGCUGCUGGCGCAGCAGCGGGAGGAGCAGCAGCGAUGGGAGAAGGAGCGCGAGCGGCAGAUGAAGCGGGUGGAGGUCCUGGAGGCGCAGCUGCAGCAGCGAGAGGAGGAGUGCAAACGCCGCGAGGAGAAGCUGAGCGUGGAGAAGGACGACCUGGAGAGGCAGAAGGACGACUACCAGGUGGACCUGGAGCGGCUGAGGAACACCACGCAGUCUCUGGAGCGGGACAAACGGCAGCUGAGGCAGGAGAAGGAGCGCCUGGAGAAACUCAGACAGAAGCUCUUGAGGGGAAACCACAAUUAUGAGGAUCCGUCUGCGGGGAGGAACCCGGCCCCCGCCCCCCAGUCGUCCUCUCUCUCCUCUCAUCCGGCGCUGAACGGAGGCGGGACUGUCAAGAAGAACCUGAAGCCCUCAGACCCGACGCCCCGGCCUGAAGACACGCCCCCGAAGGUUCCUCAGCGCAGCGUGAGCAUGCGCAGCCGCACUUCCAAGCACCCUCAGAGCAAGACCGCCGCCGUCCCGGCUCAGAGCGCCGCAGCGGUCCAGCAGAAGAUCCCGACCAAGCUGGCGUCCAAAGGGAAGGAGAAGAGCUUUAAGGGGAAGAGGACCCACCAGAGAGCCCAGAGCGCAUGUCCAGCUACGAUCGAGUUCAACGAGGUUCUUCCCAUCCGAACCACGGGGAAGGAGGGAGGCAGCCUGAGAGCCGAGAGGAACAGCAGUCCGCAGAGGAUCCUCAACCCAGACUUCUUCACGCCGCCUCAGAACAGAAAGCUCACCAGCCUGGACGCCCCUCCGCCUGUGCCCCCUCCCUUCCCCAAAGAGAUCCUCGACAGAGGAGGAGCAGAGAAGCUGCAAACGGCUCUCUGAGCUGAGCUGAGGCGGACGGACAGAUGGACAUUUAUGUGGGAGGACGGCACGCCGCUUUUGUACUAUUUAAAAGAAGAGUUUUUUUAUUCCAGACUUUUUGUAAAUAAUUUUAUUUUGAAAGUGUGUUUUUGUAACCUCGGUUUUAACGUCAUGAGGACUCUGGACGAAGGAACGACACUCAGGUUUAUUUCAGAAUCAGUCUUUGUGGCUCUUUUGUAGAAAAACAGAAAAUCUGUGCAGAAGUUUCAGUUUGAGGAAACGUUUUUAUGAAAAGAUUUCAUGUAAAGUAUCGACCCGACAGCAUUAAAAGAUGCUCCAACCUC